UUCGUGUCCCUAACCGUACAUUAAAACUUCCUUCGCAGUGGAGUAUUGCUUUUAAUUAUUUUUAUUUUUUAUUAAUAAAUAACGAAUAAUUUAUAAUGGUGACGCAAGAAUUUCAGGCUGUAGUGUUGGCAGCUGGACGUGGUACGCGACUACCUGAAGUGUUGGCUGACUCGCCAAAAUGUCUUCUGCCCAUCGGUCCCUACCCGCUGUUAUGGUAUCCACUGAAUAUGUUACAACAGCACAAUUUUCAAGAUGUUAUUGUGGUGGUAUUGGAAAGUGAACGUUCCGAGAUUCAACAAGCGUUAGAACGUACACCACUAAAAAUUAAAAUUGACUUUGUGGUAAUUGACAGUGAAAGCGAUUUCGGAACUGCCGACAGCUUGCGGCUAAUACAUGACAAAGUGAAAUCAGACUUUUUGGUGCUAUCUUGCGAUAUAGUUUCAAACGUUAGUUUAUAUCCACUAAUCAACAAAUUUCGCCAACACGAUGCUGCGCUGGUCGCACUACUUUUUAAAAAUGGCUUUGAGUCGGAUGGCGCAUUGCCAGGCCCAAAAACAAAGCAUAAACCUGAACGUGAUCUAAUAGGUAUUCAUCCAGAUUCUAGUCGCUUGCUGCUCCUUGCAUCGACAAGCGAUUUCGAGGAGGUAGUGCACGUAAAUUCCCACCUGUUGCGCAAAAACGGAAAAAUUACAAUAUUCUCACGAUUGAUGGAUUCUCACAUUUACGUAAUGAAAAAAUGGACAAUUGAUUUUCUUGUAAAGAAAGAAAACAUUUCAACACUCAAAGGUGAGUUCCUACCUUAUAUCGUUAAAAAGCAAAUGUCCAAGAAGCCGGGCAGCUCAUUUGCUGCGCCUGACAUACAUUCGGAAGUGGGUGUUAGCACGAAACCCGAAAACGAUAUUUUCCAUUAUACACCAAACACACAACUCGAGCAACGCAUACAAAAAGCCACUUUAUUCAACGAUUCUCGAAUUAAGGAGCCUUACAAUGGUGAUUUAAUUCGGUGUUAUGCAGUCGUAGCGCCUAAAGAGAGCAUUGGUGUGCGGGUAAAUACAACACUGAUGUUUUACGCGAUUAACCAAAAGAUUUGCAAUAUUUGGCCACAAUUCUUCAAUGAACAAGAGCAUGCACUCAUUUCAGCUAACGCUGUUAUGAACUCUACACAAACGAAGGAAAUUUCUGUAGGUGAUAGCGCAAAGUUGUCAGAAAAGACUUCGCUUAACUUCAGCGUUUUUGGUGCAAAUUGUACGAUUAAUCCUAAAAAUAUUAUAAGCAAAUCUAUAAUAAUGACAAGCGCUAUUAUUGAGGAGGGCUGUAACAUUGAAAAUUGUAUUGUGGGCAGCAGAGCUGUAGUUAAGCGUGGUUCUGUACUGAAAAACUGCUUAAUCGGACCGAGUUUCGCUGUAGAAGAAGGCACGAAAAAAGAAAAUCAACAUUUAACAAAUGCUGAUGGUUUUAUGGAAAUUGAUAUACAAUAAUAAAUUUGUUUAUUACUUCAA